GGCCGCAGGCGGCGCUGUCUCUCGCACACACACAAACACAAACACUGAUCCUGCUGAUCCGAGCGCUCUUCAGCGGAUUCAUGCUACAUAUCUCACUCUAAACACCAGUUCUCUUCAUUUCUGGCUGUUCGCGUGAUAUAAGUGAACGCCAUGUCCUACAACUACGUGGUCACCGCGCAGAAGCCCACGGCGGUGAACGCCUGUAUCACGGGUCACUUCACAUCUGCGGAGGAUCUGAACCUGCUGAUCGCCAAGAACACGCGUCUGGAGAUCUAUGUGGUCACUGCGGAGGGUCUGCGGCCGGUCAAAGAGGUCGGCAUGUACGGCAAGAUCGCGGUCAUGGAGCUCUUCAGACCCAAGGGUGAGGGCAAAGAUCUUCUGUUCAUUCUGACCGCUAAAUACAACGCCUGUAUCCUGGAGUACAAGCAGAACGGAGACAGCAUCGACAUCAUCACCCGCGCUCACGGAAACGUGCAGGAUCGGAUCGGCCGUCCGUCUGAGACCGGGAUCAUCGGGAUCGUGGAUCCGGAGUGUCGUAUGAUCGGCUUGCGGCUGUACGACGGGCUGUUUAAGGUCAUUCCUCUGGACCGUGAUAACCGCGAGCUCAAAGCCUUCAACAUCCGUCUGGAGGAGCUGCAGGUCAUAGACGUCCAGUUCCUGUACGGCUGCCAGGCGCCCACCGUCUGCUUCAUAUAUCAGGAUCCUCAGGGUCGGCACGUCAAGACAUACGAGGUUUCUCUCAGAGAGAAGGAGUUCAACAAAGGACCCUGGAAGCAGGAGAACGUGGAAGCUGAAGCAUCGAUGGUCAUUCCGGUCCCAGAGCCGUUUGGAGGAGCUAUAAUCAUCGGACAGGAGUCCAUCACUUAUCACAACGGAGACAAAUACUUAGCCAUCGCUCCUCCAACUAUCAAGCAAAGCACCAUCGUGUGUCAUAACCGCGUGGAUCCGAACGGCUCGCGGUACCUGCUGGGAGACAUGGAGGGCCGACUCUUCAUGCUGCUGCUGGAGAAAGAGGAGCUGAUGGACGGAGCUGUGGUGCUCAAAGACCUGCAUGUGGAGCUGCUGGGAGAGACCUCUAUCGCAGAGUGUCUGACGUAUCUGGAUAACGGUGUGGUGUUUGUGGGAUCCAGACUAGGAGAUUCUCAACUAGUUAAGCUGAAUGUGGACAGUAAUGACCAGGGUUCGUAUGUGGCUGUAAUGGAGACCUUCACUAACCUGGGGCCGAUAGUGGACAUGUGUGUGGUGGACCUGGAGAGACAAGGACAGGGUCAGCUGGUGACGUGCUCCGGAGCGUUUAAGGAAGGCUCUCUGAGGAUCAUUCGGAAUGGCAUUGGGAUCCAUGAGCACGCCAGCAUCGACCUGCCCGGCAUCAAAGGUCUGUGGCCUCUCCGCUCAGAGUCGAGCAGAGACACUGAUGACAUGCUGGUUCUGUCUUUUGUGGGUCAGACCAGGGUGCUGAUGCUGAGUGGAGAGGAGGUGGAGGAGACGGAGCUGCCGGGGUUUGUGGAUAAUCAGCAGACGUUCUUCUGUGGGAAUGUAGUGCAUCAGCAGCUCAUACAGAUCACGUCAGUGUCUGUGAGGCUGGUCACUCAGGACAGCAAGGCUCUGGUGAGCGAGUGGAAGGAGCCUCAGGGCAGGAACAUCAGCGUGGCGUCCUGCAACAGCUCUCAGGUGGUUCUGGCUGUGGGUCGAGUGCUGUAUUACCUUCAGAUACACACUUUUGAAAACUCUACAGAGAUGGAGCAUGAGGUGGCGUGUCUGGACAUCACUCCUCUGGGUGAGAGCGCGGGAGAAUCCAGCAUCUGUGCUGUGGGACUCUGGACCGACAUCUCAGCUCGCCUGCUGAAGUUACCCUGCUUCAGCCCGCUGCACAAAGAAAUGCUGGGCGGAGAGAUCAUCCCUCGCUCCAUCCUCAUGACCACGUUUGAGGGCAGUCAUUACCUGCUGUGUGCGCUGGGAGACGGGGCGCUUUUCUAUUUCGGACUGGACAUUCAGACAGGGGUUUUGAGUGAGCGUAAGAAGGUGACUCUGGGCACUCAGCCCACGGUUCUGCGCACCUUCCGCUCGCUCUCCACAUCUAAUGUGUUCGCCUGCUCCGACCGGCCCACCGUCAUCUACUCCAGCAACCACAAACUGGUCUUCUCUAACGUCAACCUGAAGGAGGUCAACUACAUGUGCCCACUCAACUCUGAGGGAUACCCCGACAGUCUGGCUCUGGCCAACAACAGCACUCUGACCAUCGGCACUAUCGAUGAGAUCCAGAAGCUCCACAUCCGAACCGUUCCUCUCUACGAGUCGCCCAAGCGGAUCUGCUAUCAGGAGGUGUCUCAGUGUUUCGGAGUUUUGUCCAGUAGAGUAGAAAUGCAGGACACCAGCGGGACAACAGCAGCCGUGCGGCCCAGCGCCAGCACACAGGUGUGUGUGUGUGUGAGUGAGAGUGUGUCUGCAGUGCUGCAUGCGCAUCAGUUCCUGCAGAACGAGUAUGCACUAAGUAUGGUGUCCUGUAAGCUGGGCAGAGAUCCUGCCAUCUACUUUAUCGUCGGCACGGCGAUGGUGUAUCCGGAGGAGGCGGAGCCUAAACAGGGCCGCAUCAUCGUCUUUCACUAUACAGACGGCAAGCUGCAGACGGUGGCAGAGAAGGAGGUUAAAGGUGCGGUUUACUCCAUGGUGGAGUUUAAUGGUAAACUGCUAGCCAGCAUCAACAGCACCGUGCGUCUGUACGAGUGGACGGCAGAGAAAGAGCUGAGGACGGAGUGUAAUCACUAUAAUAACAUCAUGGCCCUGUAUCUGAAGACUAAAGGUGACUUCAUCCUGGUGGGGGACCUGAUGCGCUCCGUGCUGCUGCUGGCCUACAAACCCAUGGAGGGCAGCUUCGAGGAGAUUGCUCGUGAUUUCAAUCCCAACUGGAUGAGUGCUGUUGAAAUCCUGGAUGAUGACAACUUCCUCGGAGCGGAGAACGCUUUCAACCUGUUCGUCUGCCAGAAGGACAGCGCGGCGACUACAGACGAGGAGCGGCAGCACCUGCAGGAGGUGGGUCUGUUCCACCUGGGAGAGUUUGUCAACGUGUUUUCACACGGAUCUCUGGUGCUGCAGAAUCUGGGCGAGAGCUCGACACCGACACAAGGCUCGGUGCUGUUCGGCACAGUCAACGGCAUGAUCGGUUUGGUGACGUCGCUGUCGGAGGGCUGGUACAGUUUACUGCUGGAUCUACAGAACCGACUCAACAAGGUCAUCAAGAGCGUCGGCAAGAUCGAGCACAGCUUAUAUCCUUCAGCAGCGGUCAGAGACUCCUUGACUAGCGCCACCUGGAGGUCCUUCCACACCGAGCGCAAGACUGAGCAGGCCACAGGAUUCAUUGACGGAGAUCUGAUCGAGAGCUUCUUGGAUCUGGGUCGAGCUAAGAUGCAGGAGGUGGUCAGCACACUGCAGAUGGAUGACGGCAGCGGGAUGAAGCGCGAGGCGACGGUGGACGAGGUGAUUAAAAUCGUGGAGGAGCUGACGCGGAUCCACUAACCGCGAGCGUCACGCAUCUGUACAUAACUAUACAUACAUCAGAGCGUGUGUGUGUGUGUGUGUUCAGUCUCACGCUCACGCAUGCACAGCCGCGCUCACCUCGUCUUCAUGUGCUUGUCCUGUGAGCAUCGAGGUGAAGAUCACGGUCUGCUGUAGGGAGGAGCCGAUUCUGAUUCUGCCAGCACUGAUCCGCAGUAGUUUUAGUGAAGCGUUUGUCAUUGUGGUGUCUCUGUUUGGUCAUUUAUUUUAAUAAAGUUUCCUUCAGUA